AUGAUGAUGAUGAUGAUGAUGAUGAUGAUGAUGAUGAUGAUGAUGAUGAUGAUGAUGAUGAUGAUGAUGAUGAUGAUGAUGAUGAUGAUGAUGAUGAUGAUGAUGAUGAUGAUGAUGAUGAUGAUGAUGAUGAUGAUGAUGAUGAUGAUGAUGAUGAUGAUGAUGAUGAUGAUGAUGAUGAUGAUGAUGAUGAUGAUGAUGAUGAUGAUGAUGAUGAUGAUGAUGAUGAUGAUGAUGAUGAUGAUGAUGAUGAUGAUGAUGAUGAUGAUGAUGAUGAUGAUGAUGAUGAUGAUGAUGAUGAUGAUGAUGAUGAUGAUGAUGAUGAUGAUGAUGAUGAUGAUGAUGAUGAUGAUGAUGAUGAUGAUGAUGAUGAUGAUGAUGAUGAUGAUGAUGAUGAUGAUGAUGAUGAUGAUGAUGAUGAUGAUGAUGAUGAUGAUGAUGAUGAUUGAAUUUAGUAUUAUUAAUAAUAAUAACGAUAAUAAUAAAAUACCUGCUAAUAUCGAAUUUAGGAAGCAGCAGAGCGAAUGGAAUUCUAAAGAUUCCACUGUUUUUCCAACAUCGUAUUAUCAUCCUUCGUCCGACCCUGCUGCUAAUCAUAAUGUAAAUAAUUCUAAUCAAGAAAAUAAUACACAUGUACAAUCAUCUCAUCCACAAUAUGAUGGUGAUGAAGAAGACGAGGAAGUGGAAAUAAAUGUUGAAUUAGCUUCAAUGUUAGAAAAAUGCAAUCGAGCAUAUGAAUGUCCAACAGUUAAAAUAAACUUAAUGAAUGAUCAAUAUGAACGUCGAUUAACUGAUUUAAACAGUGAAUGUACAAAUUUACAAAAUAUUUCUCAAAGAGAUUUAAAGAAAACUAAAGAACAAAACAUGGUAACUGAAUCUCUGUCAGUUCUCUCUAGUAUCUAUGAUAAAAGUGGUCAAUAUACAAUAUUCCUAUUAGUAGAAAGACAUGAGGAUGAUGAUGAAGAGGAUUUAGAUGGUGAUGAUGAUGAUGAUAUAGAUGAUGAUGGUGAUGGAUUAGAUGAUGAUAUAGAUGAUGAUGAUGAUUUAGAUGAUGAUGAUGAUUUAGGUGGUGAUGAUGAUGAUGAUGAUGAUGAAGAGGAUUUAGAUGGUGAUGAUUAUGAUGAUUUAGGUGGUGAUGAUGAUUUAGAUGAUGGUGAUGAUGUUGAUUUAGAUGGUGAUGAUGAUGAUUUAGAUGUUGAUGAUGAUGAUGAUGAUAAUGAUUUAGAUGUUUGA